AACCGUCAUGGUUUAAAGAAACAUGAAGAAGCUUGUUCGCUGUAGGAGUUUCUGCGGCAGACAUAUUCUGAUCAGGGGAACACACACGCUGCUGGUCUUAGGGGUUCCUGCUACUCUGCUAUAUAAAGAAACAUCAUUGAAGAAGGCUCUUGUUGACAGAGAGGACUUGGUGUAUGGAUGUAGUUAUGUCCUGCUUGUCCUAGUAGCUCUGAUCGCAUAUUUUGCUGCAUGUUUAAAAAAUCCUGGAUACAUUGGACAAAAGCAUUCAAAGCGGAUAUCAAAGGCUUCAUCAGAAAAACUUGAGGACUUGGAGGAUGAUGUUUCAGACACAACUCCCAUGAUGCAUCAGUCAGAUAAUUCUCCACUGAUUGGUCAAUCAGAGACUAAUGAGGAAAGAUUGAAGGCCCUGAAGCAGCGCUUUAGAUAUUGUGAUUAUUGUGAAAUAGAGCAACCAAUGCGUACAAAGCACUGUGAGGAUUGUAAGAAGUGUGUGAGGAAACAUGACCACCAUUGUCCGUGGCUGGACGCCUGUGUGGGGGAAGGCAACCACAAGUACUUCUGGACCUUCCUGUUGGUCACCACCAUCCUGAUUCUCUGGACCUUUGCAAUCACAUGGACAAAUUUCCAGUAUGAGGUAUCUUGGAAAGACUGGUGGAAGAGAAAUGCGGUGUUUAUCAUUGAUAUGUUAAUCCUGUCAUUUGGAGGCUUCACUGUGAUUGGCCUCCUGGGAUUCCAUACUUUUCUUAUGUUCCGUGGACUGACAACAUGGGAACUUGUAUCCCGUGAAGGGAUCACAUAUCUUAAACAUCUCACUGAUGAUUUUCACCCAUUUGAUGAAGGUUGCUUUAUGAACAUGUAUAACUUCCUAACUGUUUGUAAAUACAGAGAAUGGGAAUGUAUGUAUGAUCGAAAAGUGGAACAGAAUGAAAUAGUGUAGUUGUGAAGCAGUGAUAGAAAUGAGCAAGGAACAUUAAAAUGGAAGUGUUGUCUCUGAGAAAUUAAGAGGUCAGAACCAAAGUGCUUGAUUUUUAGCUCACCUGAGCCAAACGCUCAAGUGAGGUUUUCUGAAAGCAAUUUUCCCGUUGUCUGUUGUCAUCAUUGUUGUUGCGUAAACUUUUCACAAAUUCUUCUUCUUCUUCAGAACCACUGGGCCAAUUUCAACCAAACUUGCCACAAAACAUCAUUGAGUGAAGGGGAUCCAAGUUUCUUCAAAUAAAGAACCCCCCCCCCCCCCCUCUGUCAAGAGGAGAUAAUUAAGAAAUAUGCAAAAAUUGGGUGUGGUCAUUUAUGGCCUCAUGGAAUAGGGUGGGGCCACAAUGGGGGAUCAAAGUUUUAUGUGACACUAUAUAAAGAAAAUGUUUAAAAUCUUUUUCUCAAGAAUUGGAGUGCCAUUAUCAGUAAUAUGGGAAUACAUACAGAAAAUAUUUUGUUAUCUUCUUUUCAAGAAUAGCAGGACAUGAGUAGUGAUAUAAAUAUGCAAUCAUCCUGAGGUAGUGCAGAUUCAAGUUUACUCAAAUCAUGCUCCCCCUGGGGUAGGAUAGGGCCAUCAUAGGGGAUCAAAGUUUUACAAAGGAAUAUAUAGGGAAAAUGUUUUUUAAUCUUAUUUUCGAGAAAGCAAGGCCAUGACUAGUGAUAUAAAUAUGCAAGCAUUCACAGGUAGUGCAGAUUCAGUUUGUUCAAAUCAUGGAACCCCGACCCAAGCCUGAGGUAAGUAAGAGCUACAACAGGGACAUCAAAGUUUUCCAAGGAAAUUAAUAAUGAUUUUAUUUUUAAAACAUUCUUUUAAAAUUAGGAGGGCCACUCUAAACUGAACGGAUGAUAAAACAUGAGAACAAGAAGGUCAUAUUAAUCAUAAUGUUACUGAAGCAUCUCCAGGAUGUGUUGAUUCAAGUGAGGUGUCAAGACCCUCUGGAGCUAGGGUCAGGCCUAUGGAGUAGGCAUUUUUUGUCUGAAUAAAAAUGACUUUUUUUUCAAAUCUUGUGAUUAAGAAUAGUUUGGCCAAGAGGACUCAGCUGAGCAUUGUGGCCUGUGAACCUCUUGUGAAUUAUUGGUAUAUUCUUCAAGAAAAUACAGAAUGUUUUGGUCAAAAAAUUAGUAAUAAUUUUGAGAGAAGAAAAGUGAUUUUUGCUUUGCAAUUUUUUAAGAAAUGUAAGCAACGUUUUAUUUAUGAAAGUAAAAUACAGUUGAACUUCAAUAUCUGAAACACUGAUAUCUCAAAUACCAUGGAUAUGUUGAAGUGAAUUAGAAGUCCCAACCACUUAUUCUUUAAGUAUUUAACCCUUGAUAUCUCAAAUACUUGGAUAUUUCGAGGUUUUUUCUUGGUGCCAUUGAGUUCAAGAUAAUGAGGUUUCACUGUAUUCAAUACAAAUGUUUUUUUGUAGCAGAAUAAUAAGUUAUUUUCCCCAAAAUAUUUGUGUAUUUUAUAGAUUUAAAUUAUAUGUUAGUGUGAAAAAGAGUGAUUUAUUUUCCUGAAUGCUAAAUUGUCUAACCUGUAAAUUUGCAAUAAUACUGUGGAAUCAUCAUUGUUUAUGGGAGACCAAUAUUCAUGAAUUGUCACCCUUACCACAAAUUUACAUCCUCAUGAAGGUUAACUUUGUCAGUGUAUUGGUUUAUUGAGUCUUCUAGUGUUACCCAAGAAAUUACGUCAGUACAAAUUGGUGAAAUUUUGGUACCCACAGACAUUGACCCUUAUGAAUUAAAUGAUUCCAAAGUAUGCUCUACUGAUUGAAGAUUUUUCUGUGAUUUGCACAUAAUUAUACUGAAUAGAGUUGAUGAAGUUUUGAUGCCUGAAAUUUUGUAGAAAAGUGCAUCGAGCCUUU